AUGUGGCAGCUCACAGCCGGUGAUCAGUGUAAGCUUCAUCCUGGCAAGUGUCGACUCAAACGCUUACACGGUGAUGUCAAUCGUGACCAACAAAGUAGAUUAAAUUCACUUGGAAUAAACUCGAAAAUCCAAGCAGUGGCACAAGCAGAAGAUCCUGGUGCUAUAGUUCACGUGACUAUGGACUCAAUAGUUAGCGUCAACUUGGAUGAAUUUUCCAAUGACCAGAACAGUUUGAACUUGAUUAUUAACGAACUAUUAAAGCCAAAUCCACAAUUUUGGAUAGAGCGUACGAUGAAACAAGUAUCAAUGGCAAGCUAUCGACUUGUAUACCGUCCAAGUUUCAUUGAAGGUAAAUAUCAACUUCCAUUAACGCAACCUGAACACUGGAAUAUCGUUGUGCAUGGUAGUCCAAGACGUGAUCAUUCACUCAAUGGUCACGAUUCAGUUUACAUGCAUUAUUCAUGGUCAACACAUAUGUUGACUGAUUACAAAUCGCCCAGCAUCAGUGAACCACAAUUAGGCAUGAUUGAUGGUCAGUGGGUGGAACCCAUCAUACUGCCUACUGAUCCUUACAAUCUUAUGCAACGAACUGGCUAUGCUUGUAUAGAUGAAGCUGACUAUCCAAUUCCAAGUGCUCAUCCUGAAAGAACUGAAUGGGUUUACGAUGACACGUGUGAAGCUGAAGAUCCAUUUAUUGUGUUUAUGCAUGCUAAUCGUUAUAUUGAAUUUCACUCUCAAGUUGGAAACUACUAUACAAUCCGAACACCAAAACAAGGACGAGCUUUUGAUUAUCGAUAUUCAUCAUGCGAUCUUUAUUGUGUUGGAGCAACAAAUGAAAUUUAUCGAUUUAAUCUCGAACAAGGUCAAUAUCUUGAACCUCUACAAAGCAAAUUAACUGGUUUUAAUGCUUGUGAAUUUAAUCCUGAACAUGAAUUAUUUGCUUGUGGUUCUGUUGAAGGUCAUUUAGAAUGUUAUGAUCCUCGUAUACGAUCUUUUGUUGGACAAAUUGAUUGUGCUGUCUAUGCAAAUAGUAAUAGUGGUAGCAGUUUACCAGCUGUAUCAUGUAUUAAAUUCAAAGAUGCACUUAAUGUAUCUGUUGGUAUGACUACUGGUCAGAUUUUAUUGUUCGAUAUUCGUUCAAAUAAACCAUAUUUUAUAAAAGAUCAUAAUUAUAAUUUACCUAUAAAACGUAUUGAUUUUCAUACACAAAAUGAUGAUUACAUUUUAUCAAUCGAUAAGAAAAUAUGUAAAAUAUGGAAUCGACAUACGGGUAAAAAUUUAACAUCAAUCGAACCAGAUACACCACUCAAUGAUAUGCUCAAUAUACCUGGUAGCGGUUUAAUAUGUUUAACUAAUGAUUCACCAAAAAUAUUUGUUUAUUAUAUUCCGACAUUGGGUAAUGCACCAAAAUGGUGUACAUUUCUUGAUAAUAUUACUGAAGAACUUGAAGAAAAACCAGCUGAUACAGUUUAUGAUGAUUAUAAAUUUUUAACAUUAAAAGAACUUGAUACACUUGGUUUAUCUCAUUUAAUUGGUUCUGAUCUUCUUCGAGCAUAUAUGCAUGGUUAUUUUAUGGAUAUUCGACUAUAUAAUCAAGCUAAAACUGUUGCUGAACCAUUUGCAUUUGCUGAAUAUCGAAAGAAAAAAUUACGUGAAAAAAUUGAUCUUAAACGAGAAAAAAGUCGUGUACCAAUGCCGAUUGUACCAACAGUUAAUAAAGAUCUUGCUGAAAAACUUUUAUAUGAUGAAAAUGAAUUAAGUGUAAAGAAAAAAAAGAAACAAAAACCUCUUGAAGAUAAAGAAACACUAUCUAUUCUUAAAGAUACUCGAUUUCAAUCAUUAUUUACAAAUCCUGAUAUGCAGAUCGAUGUUAAUCAUGAAAAUUUUAAAAAUAUUGCUCCACUUGUUUCUCGACUUAAUAAACAAAAUUUAAUUGAAGAUGAACAAAUAACGACUGAAAAUGCUGAAGAGGAAAGAGAAGAUGUUGAUGACGAUGAUGAUUUAAUGAAUGAAAUUCUUUCCUCUGAAGAAGAAGAAGAACAAGAAAAACAAAAACCUAAUCGUAAAACAAAAUUAGUGCCAAUCGAUGCAAUAAAUGAUGAUGAUCAAGAAACUCUUCGUUCAUUGUCAUUUAGAGAACGAACAAAAAGAGCCAUGGAUUCAUCAUCUUCUUAUUCAAACCAUCAAAAUCAACUAAUACCAACUAAUAAAGAUAGUCGAAAACAAACAAAUGAUGAUCAUCGAAAAAAUGUUCGACGUGCACCACGUGGUCGAAUGAACAGUCGGCCUAAAGAAGCAUAA